GCCUGACCGGCAGCGGCUGGCGGCCGCGGGAUUUCAGAGUGGAAAGGUGGCCGGCCUCCGGAGGCGGCCGGGAAGGUGGGAGCUCCGGGAGAGGUUCGGGUGAACGCUUUGAAAACAGAUAAGACACUGUGGAAAGCAGAAUGUCAGAAGAUACUGAAGGAAUUGAAAAAGAGAUAGAAAUUGAAUUAGGCAGAAUCAGUCUUACGUCCUUUGAAGUAGAUGAUCCUGACACAGAGGCAUCAGAUGAACCUUUGAGUGACAGUGAGACAAUUUCAGAUGGCUUACCAGAAUCAGUUCUCUCCUAUUUAAACUUUAUGAAGAGCAGCAAUCAAGAUGCUGAAAAGCUUAUACUGCAAGACUUAGAAGAUGAACAAAUUACAAAUGACAUUUAUGGAGUAGUUUCUAGUCAUACCUCUGAAUCAAAUGAAAAUCCAGAACAAUUUCAAGAAAAGAUACUGCUUGAAAUUGAAAAUGAAGUCUUGCAGAUUACUACAACACCUAGUUAUAGUCAAUCCACCAAUGAUGAACUGGUCACUGAUGACCACUUGCUUACAGCUGAUCUUGAAAUGAGCAUAAGCCCUACUCAUCAUGAAGUAGAAGAAAAGUGUAGACAGGAACUUGAGCUUGAAGAUAAGAAGAGGAAAAAGUGGAAGGCUGAGAGAGAAUUACGGGAAAAACAGAAUGAAGAAGAACAUGCAAGAAGGGUGCAGCACCUGGAGCAAUUUGAGGCUGAAAGAGUAAAGUUAGACCUUCUUCAUAAGAAACGCCAAGCUGCAAUAGAAGAUGAGCUACAGAAAGAAAAAAAAGCGUGGAAAGACAAAAUGAUGCAACAUGAGGAAUUGAUCAUGAAGCUACAGAUGCAAAUGAAAGAGGAGAAAAAGGCCUUGGAAGAGCAAAAAGCAAAAGAGAGACAACAACUGGCUGAAAAACAGAAUAUGGCUGCUGUGAAAAUUCAAGCUAGAUUUAGAUCAUUUUUAGUCCAUAAAAAAUAUGCUCCCAUUUUAAAAGAAUGGAAAUAUGAAAUGAGAAAGAAGAAGAAAAUGCUAGAAGAAAUAGAGAGAGAAAGGAAAGAAAGAGAGGAAAAACUGAAGAGGCGAAUGGAGGAAAAUAGGCUUAAGAGAGAAGAGGGAAGAAAGAGACAAGAAGAACUUGAAAGACAAGAAUAUUUGGAACGGGUGAAGAGGCAUGAGGAAUAUGAAAAAAAGAAAGAAAGCCUGAGACUGGAAAGAGAAAAACAACUGCAAGUAAAAAGAGAAGAACAGACAAAACUAGAACAAAAAAAAGUAAAAGCUAUGAUGAGUGAAAGUGGAGAAAAUAACAAAGAAAACAUAAAAAAUGAUAAUCACACAGAAAAUACAAAAGUAAUAAGAGAACAAAAGAAGGAACUAAAUAAACAAGGGGAGGAACAAAAAGAAAAACAUACUGAAAUGAUGGACGGAACAAAUAAUUGGAUGAUGUCAGUAGAAAGAAAUUUGACACCAACAGCAAGUAUACUAGACUCUGAGAAGGAACAUUCUUCUCAAGUAAAUAAUGAGAAUAUAUAUAUGAAUUCAGUAACACAAAUAGAAGAAAAUUGCUCACAAACUAGCUAUCUUAAUGAAGCUCCAAAUACUCAUACUUCAAAGGAGGAGUCUCUUAACUUUGGAGCUAAUGAUGUGGUAGAAAAUAAGGCAAUAUGCAGCAGUCCACCAGAUGUCCAACCAAAUGCUAGUCAUAGAGAAGUUGAAGAUCAAUUUUCUCAGUAUGAAACAACAAAGAAAACUGUGUGUCUAGUGGAAAAUGCUAAUGAGGAAGUCAGAGACACCUGGGACAGAAUUCAAGGUGUAGCAGAGUCUUCCAGUAAACUAAUUUUUCCUGAUGAUAUUGAAAAGAAGAGAAUAAACUGGAUGACCAUAUGUAAAUCUUGGUCUAAAAUAUAUGAAGAAAACCAAAGAAAGCAAGUAACUGUUAAAAAACGACCAAGGAAAAGUUCAGUUAGCAAGAUGCCUCCGUUAAGUGCAGAAAAGAUAAUUCAUAGUGGCCCAUGGAGUACCUUGCAGCAGGUUACAACACUUAUGCUUGAAGAUUUGCCAGCUUGUAGCCUCUCAACGUUAUCUGAGUGUUCAAAUCUUCAAGUUUUGACUCUGAGGCGCUGUGGACUAGUUUCACUGGAAGGACUAAGUAGCUGCAAAGACCUUAAGUAUAUCAAUGUGGAGGAGAACAACAUUCAGAUAAUUGACUGUGAAAAUCUAGAAAAUCUUUGUGUUCUCAUUCUGAGUAAGAACCAUCUUUCAUCAGUUUGUGGCUUAGGUGGCUGCAAAAAUCUCCAAAAUCUGGAACUUUCCUACAAUAGAAUCACCCGAUUUGGUGGUCUGGAGUCACUGAAAAAUCUUCAGCAAUUAACUGUGGACCAUAAUCAGUUAAUCAGCACAAAAGGUCUUUGUGAGAUACCUACUCUCAUUUACCUAGACUGCUCUUUUAAUCAUCUCACACAAGUUGAAGACAUUGAGAAUUGUGGCCUACUUCAAGUUCUGAAGUUGCAAGGCAAUAAUCUCCAGGAGCUUCCAAGACUGGAAAAUCAUGUUCUGCUAAGAGAACUAUAUUUGGAUGACAAUAGCAUUUCUGCUGUGAAAAUGCUUUCUUUUUAUUGGUUGCCUCUAUUGCAGAUUCUUUUUCUGUCUCAAAAUAGAUUAACUGAGCUUGUGCCUUUAAAUACAUUUGUGUCUUUGGAAAAGCUGGAUAUCAAAAAUAAUUGCUUGUCAGAUCUUGAAGAUGUCCUUACAUGGUUAAGUGGCUGUCAUAAACUGAAGGAGUUGUCAUUCAGUGGAAAUCCUUUUCUUCAAGAAAGGAACUGGAGAUCUUUCUUUUUUAAGGUUCUUCCUAGUUUACAGUCCCUUGAUGGUGAAAUCUUGAACUAUCAUACUUUACCAACAACUGAAAGAAUCAAAGAAUCAGAAUUAAGAACUUUUCUGGAACUUUGUCAACUUCAAAUUGAAGAAAAUAUUCAACUGAAAAAAAAGGCUGCUGAAUUGGAAAUUACCUCUUCUAUUGAUUCUGUACAGGGACAAUGCUGGUAUUUUAAUCAGUUGAUGAAAAUUAGUGUUAAACAUCGAUACGCACAUGAGUAUGGUGAACUAUAUGUUACUGACAGAGAUGGACCAGAAGCACUUCAAAAUCAUUUAGAGCAAACAUCCACUGGCUGCCUACAGGAAAAUAACCUCUUUAUCAUGGGUGCGACGGAAAAUAAACAGGUCUUCUUGGAUCCUUCCAAAAGAUGGAUUACUACUGGCGAUACUCAGGCCACAUUCAUUAACUCCUCCAUACCUGUGCACCAAAAGGAAAAUAAAGAAGAUCAGAUAGUGAAGCAGAAGAGUACUGAAUCUUGUAUUAAUUACAGUGGGGAGAGCAAAGGCAACAAUAACAUGUCAGCCCAACGCACAUCACAACAAUCAGUGAUAGGAGCAAGUACUAUGGGAAGAAAUCUUCAGCAUUUUGAGAAUCAUACGGAAAGGAGACUGCAUAUGGCAGCAUCAGUGAUCCAGGCUUUUUGGCGGCAGUACCAUGCUCGAAAUAAAAAUAACUGCAACAAAACAGAGAAUCAGCAGUAUAUAGAAGCAUUGAGACAGAAGCAUGAAGCUGCCACAGUAAUCCAGGCAUUUUGGAAGGGUUUUCUUUUGCGAAAGAAACUGGCCAGUGCUCUUGCAGCUGUUAAAUGUGAUGAAGUGGAGGAUGAAUAUGAAGAAAUAAAUGUGGAUGCCUUCACCUUAUCUGAAGCUGCAUUAGAGAAGGAAUGGCUAACUCUAGAUUCCACCCGUUUCCCUUCAAAAACACUCCUGCUCUCAAACCAGCUGCACUGGCCAAAGAAGUUUUCUAGGCCUUCAGAUUCCAGUGAACAAUCAACUAGUUUGCCACUGUCACCCCAAGAAGUUUGGCAGCGUUCUAACAGACCACAUUCAUACUCUGCAGAAAAUAUCAAUUUUCAUAGCAGGUCAGGGAAGGGAAUAAUGUCACAGCUUUCUGACUGGAAGGACAAAAAGAAAUUUUUAUUUAUGUCUGAAAAAGAAGAGAAAAUUUCAGAAGAAUGGGGUUUCAAAGAUAUUUCUACUGCACAGCUAAUGAUGAAGAGGGCCCAUAAAAUGAAGCCUAAAAAAUAUAGUAAUAAAAGUUUAGACCCAGCUGUGCGCCUGGCGUUGUUCAAAAACAAUGAAAAUAAACAUCUCCAUGUGAAAUCUCCAAAGAAGACACAGCCUAUAAAUGCUGGAUACUUUGAAGGUAAAAAAGAAGAAUGUUCUCAGCUGGAUACUGCUUUAGAUGAGAAAUUACAAAGGAGAAAAGACUUCACAUACCAAUGGCUUCAUGCACAGCUUUUGGAUUAUGAGGCAGUGAGUUCCAGAAAUACAAAGUGCUGUCGUUUUUUGCCUGAGUUAGAUCCUGCGAUAUGUGACAAUAGACGAGUACAGCUUGUGGCAAGCCCUGUAAGCAGAGAAGACAUGGAUUUAGAACUUGUUUCUGUGGCCAGUGGAAGUGCUUUGACUGAGAACAGAAUAAAAAACACGCUGCCACACAGACACUCAACAAGAUCUUCGAAAAAGAAUAUGUCUACUCCAGAAAAAUCAUGUUUGGGUCCAUCUCGUAAAGAACGGAUAUCAUUUCGAGACCAUCCAGUGCAGCUCAGCGGAGGAUGGGGAGCAGGCAAAAAAAGGCAAAAGCUUAAAAAUAUUAGCUGAAUAUUUGAGAUAAUUUAACUAGUUGAUUUAAUCAAAUAUGGAGAGCAUAUGGAGACCUGUUUCUUUUUAAGCCAGUGAAUAUCAAUUGUUGGAUUUUCGUUUAUUACCAAUAAAGCAGUUUCAGUUAACUACAUUUGACUUAUUUUAUUAUACAUGGUUACAGUGGUUUGGGUUUUGUGUUCUUGGUCAAAGUAUUUUAUACCUGUCAGUAAGUUAUCAUAGUUUGUGUUUUCAAUUGCUUAUACGUUCAUGUGGUGUAGAAUGCCGAACUGAUUAACUCUACAAGGUUUGUUGUACAGUGACUAAGUUUAGGCUUGCUUAUAAGAACUGGAUGAGAAGUCCAAAUGUAAUAAGGGUUCAUGUGAUGUAUGUCACAUAUUGAAACACUGAAUUCUCAUUUUCUCACUAAAUAAAAUACAUGCUUGCAAACUGUGUUCUGAGCUAUAACAACCAUCAAUGCUAUUUUUAGAGAAGUCUGUUUAGAAUAUUUUACUGAAGCAGCAAAAAUUCACAGCAACCUAUAAAUGGUGAGAAUGCACUUUUCUUUUUUUAAGAAUAUGAGAAGUCCUUUGGAUUUUUCAUCAUGAAUUAUUGUCGUAAUAUGAUAAAGCAACCUGUUAUAGUUUUAUAUAUACUUUCAAAUACUUCUAACAGUUUCCUAGAGGAUUAAAGAAAAAAUAUAAUUGU